CCGAGAUGUUGACCAGUCAGAUUUCCUUCAUUCAACUUCCAUCCGAGCACCUAUGAGAUUCGUCACAAAUCCCCACGUGCACUCGGUACAUGGGCGGCUACCUAACGCGAUGGAGAAGGUCAAGACUACAAGAGCCGGACAAACGACCAAGACUGGUUGUGCUCCAAACAAGCCUCCCAUGCGCCAGGAUGCACACCAUCAACGACACAAGGCGCAUGAUUCAACGUGAGCUUCCCCGCAUUCACGAUUGGUCGGCUUUGACUUGCUUUUGCAGUCAACUCGUCGGUCAGCACUCUAUCGAGGUUGUCAACACCUGAAGGGGCCGGAGUGAGGAACCAGUCAGGAAGACUACGUUCCUGAACGAGCCAUAUACCGUUAUAUGCCAAGUUCACAAGGAGAUGGCCGUUAUCGAAAGAGCGGGGAGACAAUCGUGACGGGCAUAUCCAGGUUUC